GCAGAAGGUUGGGAGGUUUGGGAGGAUGCCCCUGUCCUACGCCUCUGCUCCGAGGAAGGAGGCCAUGGCCGCGGUAUUCCUGCCCGGCAACCUCCAGGACGAAGCCACUUGCUCCGUGUGCCUGGAGUUCUUCAAGGACCCCGUGUCCAUCGAGUGCGGGCACAACUUCUGCCGGGCGUGCAUCAUCAAGAGCUGGAAGGACCUGGAGAUGGACUUCCCCUGCCCGCAGUGCAGGGAGGUCUUCCAGCACAAGAGCUUCCGACCCAACCGGCAGCUGGCGAACAUGUCCGAGAUCAUCAGCCAGUUCACGCUGCGCGGGGCCAAGGGCGCAGAGGAGGACGGGCUCUGCGGGAAGCACCGGGAAGCGCUCAAGCUCUACUGCAAGGAUGACCGGAGAACCAUCUGCGUGGUGUGCGACCGGUCCCGCGAGCACCGCCCGCACGCCGUCGUGCCCGUCGACGAGGCGUCCGAGGAGUACAAGGAGAAAAUCCAGGGCCGCUUGGAUUUCCUGAAAAAGGAGAGGCAGGAGCUGCUGGAGUUCAAAGUGAACGAUGACAAGAAAACCCAGGAGCUCCUGAAAACCAUCGAGAGCGAGCGGCAGAAGCUGCUCUCAGAGUUCGAGAGGCUGCGGCAGUUCCUGCACGACCAGGAGCACAUCCUGCUGGGGCAGCUGGAGAAGAUGGAGAAGAACAUCGCCAAGAGGCAGAACGAGAACAUCACCGACCUCUCCAAGGAGAUCACGCUCCUCAACAAGCUCAUCACGGAGCUGGAGGAGAAAAUCCAGCAGCCCAUGCUUGAGUUCCUCAAGGAUGUAAUGAGCAUCAUAAGCAGAAGUGACGAUGUGAAGUGCCAGAAGCCUGUGCCCGUGUGCACGGACAUGAAGAUGCACAUCUGCAACUUCUCCCUCAAGACCGUUGUCCUUGAGAAGGUCCUAAAGAAAUUCAGGGACAACCUGCGCGAUGAGCUGGGACGAGGUGAAAAAGAGGACCUGACCCUGGACCCCGACUCUGCAAACCACCUCCUCAUCCUUUCCGCCGACCUCAAGAGCGUGAGGAUGGGCUGCAGGAAGCAGGAGCUGCCCGAUAACCCCAAGAGGUUCGACACGAACUCGCGGGUGCUGGCCACCACGGGCUUCAAGUCGGGAAGACACUACUGGGAGGUGGAGGUGGGCGCCUCGGACGGGUGGGCUUUCGGGGUGGCCAAAGAGUCCGUCAGGAGGAAGGGGCUGACGCAGUUCUCCCCCGAAGAAGGGAUCUGGGCAGUGCAGCAGAAUGGAGGUCGCUAUUGGGCUGUCACCUCGCCCCAGCGCACGCCGCUGUGCCUCAGCCAGAAGCUCAGUAAGGUCAGGGUCUACCUGGAUUAUGAAGGGGAAGAGGUUUCCUUCUACAACGCCGACAACAUGCAGCACAUCUUCACCUUCAACGUGGCCUUCCAGGAGAAGGUGUUCCCCCUCUUCUCCGUCUGUUCCACCAUCACCUACAUCAAACUGUGCCCAUGAGGCUUCUCUGAGGACCUGGCCCCGUGGUCUUCACUGGAUGAGCACAAGAGACUCUUGAAUCAGCCGUGCAGCCCAGAUCAGCUGAGAGAGGGAUGGGUAACCAGGUAGUGAGGGGAAACCAUCCCAAUGAGGAGCACAGUGAGGAUGCUCAGCCCCUUUUGCUGGGCUCUAUGAGCGGUUAGAAGGGACCCAGCUGGAGUUUCUGGCUUCUUUCCUCCUUGCUCCUGCUGGGAAGGUUGGUCCCCGGUGAAGGGGAGGUACCUGGUCACUUAUUCCAGCUGCUCCUCCUAAAAUCUGCAAUAAUAACGUACUCCCAAGGCUAUUUUUGUGAUGCUGAUGUGGGGGUCUGAGCCCUCCCAGGUGAUCUAAACCCCAAGGCCACCAAGAUCUGACCCGUCUUGGAGUCAAGAUGGGGUUGAAGAGAUGCUGUGAGCUUUCGGUUGCCCUCUCCAUCAGCUUCGAGUGCUUCAGUUCUCCGUGCAGGGCAGGAAGGAGGUGUCGCUGCUACUGUGGGAAAGGCUGAAAGGUGCUUGGUUUUCUGUGAACCCACAGAAGUUCCUGUUGCUCAGGUGUUUUUGGCCACUGGACAUGAGCAAGAGCCAUGUUUCUGAGUGUUGGUGCUCCUGUGUAACUCCUCCUGAGGUCCCCUCUGGGCAGAAGAUGGUUUCAUUAUAACCCCUCAAGGGUUUCCUGCUUUGUCCAUAGUGAUGUAGACUUUGGGUGCCGAACCUUGUGUUUCCUCUUCACUGCUCCCUUCUCAGCAAAGCCACCCAUUUACCUUCAUCUCCUGUUUUCUUUUCCUCUGGCAAUCCUCCCUUUUGCCAAGAGAGCAGAUGUUUCACGUGGGCUUUCCUUGGGUCACCAUGGCUUUUGCCAAAACAAAGCAGCCUUUACAACAUAAUAAGUGUUUUAUUGUCCGAAGUGACGAAACCCGCGAUUUCUGGUUUGGGGACAUUGCUGGUUGGUUUCUUAACCUCUUCUAAUAACCUGCAACCCUCAGGAAGCGAAACAACAUCUGACCCUCCCAGGCUGUUCCUAGCCCAUGUGCUGGCAAUAAAAUGUGAAGGUGCUACCUGCA